AAUCCAUGAGUGCGACCGAAGAUCAUCCCCUUUGCUUGGGGGCCACAGUCUCCCAGUCUCGGCGCUUGGGGGGCCGUCUUGUUCGAGUGUUGUAUAUAGCGCCUGCAGUUGACGAUGGAUCCGCAAGGUAUAUACCCCCUCAUAUCCACUCCAUCUCCAUUCCUCACACCAAUCAGCGCACAAUCCGUCACCGUGCUACUCUGCACUGCGCGUCUGUCUCUCUGUCUUCUGUCCAUGUUCCUGCAGUGAUGCACGGUGAGAUGAUGGACGGCCCAGGCCCUUUCGGUCCCAUGCUGUCGCACCAGCCGUUCCCGAUGCCCAUGGGCCCGCCGCCGCCCGCCAUGCUGCCGCCGUUCGGAUACCCUCACCCCCACGCCCAGCCGAUGAUGCCCGGCGGCCCUGGGCAGAUGAUGCAGCCGCCCUUCCCAGGGCCUGCCAUGAUGCCGUUCCCGAUGCCCGCUCCGGUGCAGGACGACGACGGCAUGAUCAACUUGAACUUGAAGCAGGUAGAGGAUCUCGAGGAAGGGGAGGACGGUGUCGGCGGGGAGACGGGCGAGGAGGGCAUUGCAAAGGAGGUUGGCGCUGCCGCUGAGACGGAGCCGUUGGUGCGGAAGUACGCCACGGGACACUACGUGGCCCGCGUGGUUUCAGUGACGGUCAGGGAGGGAGACAUCACGAGACACCUCACCUCCCAUGAUCUGCGUCUGUCUCCUCCUUCUCCCCAGCAAAGGUACGUCGAUUGGGAGGAGGUGGACAGGGCGACCUUCCCCGAGCAGCACUACAACGAGCCGGGCGUGGUGCGGCUGUCCCAGGAGCAGCUCAAGAUGCUCGGCCUGCAGAUGCCCCAGCCACAGAACGCGCCCAUGCCGCCGCCCUCACAGCAGCAGCUGCCCAUGCUGGACCAGGAGAACUAACCAAGACAGGCAGGCCAACCUUGAC